UCACACACCCCUUGUGGUGUUUUCCGGGAUCACGCCACUGCUUCCACUUGGGAUCCACGCAGCAGCGAUAUGGCUGAUCAUCACCGGACGGGACGGUGCUGUUCAUAAGCGAAAGUCAGGGCAAAUAAUGCAUUACUACAGGUCCACAAUGCACUCACUCAGGCAACGGGACACUGCGACACCCCGUGUAACACAGGUGUAAGAUUACCCGACGGGUUCACGGCAAUCCGCUUGUGUUUUUACAGCAAAGUAGUUGGAAGAACUUGUCGCAGUGGAUUCACCCCCAGCGUGCCGCCUGGAUUACCAUACACAAGUGGAACAAUAGUCUGCAGCAGAAGCACUAGCAGGCCUGUGGGCCCCGGUGGUGCGGCUGAGAAGAUGGACAGGAUGAAGAUAAUCAAGCGGAGGCUGUCUAUGUCUCUACGCAGCGCUCGGCCCGUCGAUGACUCCCUGUCCGAACUGGCAGAACAGAUGGCCUUGGACGAGCCAUCUGCAGCCAGGGACAAUGAGCCCAUGGUGGUGUGUGCCGCACACCCUCCCGCCUCCCACAGUGCUCCCUCCUUCCUGCGACAAUAUGCUGGUCAUCUGGGCCGAACCGCCCUGCGCAGAGAGCCGGGUGGGGGGCUGGAAAGAGACAGAGCCUACCUGAGCCUGCACAGAACUGGAUCUCUGGGUAUUGUCCAUGAAAAUGUGAAGAUGGGUUCAGAUGGGGAGAGCGACCAGGCAUCUGGGACGUCUUCUGAUGAGGUCCAGAGUCCAGUCAGGGUCCGUAUGAGGAACAACCACCAUCGGCGCAUUUCUAAUGAGGACAUAAACAAACGCUUGUCUCUCCCUGCUGACAUCAGGCUACCAGAGGGCUACUUGGAGAAGUUUGCCAUGAACAGCCCGCCCUUUGACAAGCCCAUGAGCCGCAGGCUACGACGCGCUUCAUUGUCUGAAAUCGGCUUUGGGAAACUUGAGACCUACAUCAAGCUGGACAAACUAGGGGAGGGGACCUAUGCUACAGUGUUUAAGGGCCGAAGCAAGUUAACAGACAACUUAGUAGCUCUGAAAGAGAUCCGACUGGAGCAUGAGGAGGGAGCGCCCUGCACAGCUAUCCGAGAAGUGUCUCUACUGAAAGACUUGAAGCACGCCAAUAUUGUCACUCUCCAUGACAUUAUCCACACUGACAAGUGCCUGACUCUUGUGUUUGAGUACCUGGAAAAAGAUCUGAAGCAGUACAUGGAUGACUGUGGGAGCAUCAUGAGUGUUCACAAUGUCAAGAUAUUCCUAUUCCAGCUGUUGCGAGGUCUGGCGUACUGCCACAGAAGGAAGGUCCUCCACAGAGACCUCAAACCCCAGAACCUGCUCAUCAAUGAAAAAGGAGAGCUCAAACUGGCAGACUUUGGUUUGGCACGAGCUAAGUCUGUUCCUACAAAGACCUACUCCAAUGAAGUAGUGACAUUAUGGUACCGACCACCAGAUGUGCUUCUAGGCUCCACUGAGUACUCUACUCCCAUCGAUAUGUGGGGUGUGGGCUGCAUCUUUUAUGAAAUGAUCACUGGCAGACCUCUGUUCCCUGGAUCGACUGUGGAGGAUGAGCUUCACCUCAUAUUCCGCAUUCUUGGUACUCCUACAGAAGAGACCUGGCCUGGCAUCACCACCAGUGAAGAGUUUAAGACGUACAAUUUCCCCCAAUACAAGGCGGAGCCCCUCGUCAACCACGCACCCAGGAUAGACAGCGAUGGUCAUGAAUUGCUCUCAAUGCUUCUACAGUUUGAGGCUAAGAAACGGGUAUCAGCUGAGGAUGCUCUCAGAUAUUCGUAUUUCAGAAGCUUUGGGGAGCAGGUUCAAACACUGGCUGACACUGCAUCCAUCUUCUCUGUAAAAGGCAUUCAGCUCCAGAAAGACCCAGGGAAGAGAUCCUCAGUCUACCCAGAGUCAACCCAGGGGAAGAGCAGGAGGCAGAGUGUGUUGUUUUAGUGCUGGCGGGGGCGCUGAGGUGAGGAGGACAGUGACACGUGGAGCUGUCCUGUCAGACAUACAUUCACUGACCCUGCCACACACACACUGAAGGAGCAACACACACCCUGCCACAUAAAUACACACACACACACACACACACACACACUGAAGAAGAAAACGCACAUGCUGCACACACACACACACACACACACACACAGACACAUGGAAACAAAGCCACACAGAACUAAGGCUGAAGAAUUCAUACUUAACUAAAAAAAAGACUCAACUCAACCCUAAAGACAAAAGAAAAUUCAAACGAGAGAAGUACAUGAUGCUGGAAGAAAACUGGGAGAGUUUAAAAAAAAAAGAGAGAGACUCUCCUUGCUGCUACUACGGCUGCUGUCCAGAAGAGGGCAGCGUUAGGACAUGGGCUGGUUUUUGAACCGGACAGCUCGGUAAGCUGAGGAAGAAGGAGUGGAGAGUGGAUACGAUUCAAAGGCAAAGCAAGAGAGGACACCUGUCACUUUCUCUUUGACUUGGUCGGACUAUUGUUGUACAUAAAGAGACUGAGCUGUAGAACUCUGCUUUUUCAUAACACGCCUCUGCCUGAAUCCAAAUUCUGAAUAUUGCACCUCAACCCUAAAACCCUCGCCUAACCUUGUGGCCCUUUACUACAUGAUCUGUCUCUCUCUCUUUCUCUCUCUUCCUCUCUUCCUCUACUUUUCUGGCUUUCUGUAUCUCUCUUAAAUACACACACAUACAAAUACUGAUGGCUCACUUGAAAGUUAGAGUGUGUAGAUCAGUGGCGUUUACAGAGAUAAACUUUAGCACCUUAUUGUCCAGUAGAGGUCAGGGUGGCUGUCAUUUACGUUACCUCAUCAGUCAGUCAAGCAGAGUAGGAUGUGAAGUACAUGCUAGAUAUUAGAAUGAAGAAGAAUAAAAGUAACAAAACCAAAAAAAACGAGAAACAGCAACUCACUAACCGUAGGACAGAUGUACUGUAUUUACCUUCACCGGUGGAAUUGGACACUUCACAACACUACAAUUUAAAAGUAAAAAGAAACCCCACUCAAACCAGUUGUACACAAUAAUUGCAUUUGUCACAUGCUGUAAAGAACACAACACUGCAAAAUGCUCCUGUCUGAGUACACAAGAAGGACGACCUGUAAGGACAGAGAGGUAAAGGAAGUGUACAAAUCCUCACCUGCUUAUUCUAAGACACCCCCUUCCUCUUUUGCCUUGACUCAGAAGUUGUCUUUAUUUGUUGUUUUCGCGCACAGUUAUCGAUGUUGAAAUGUUCUCUUUGCACCAGAUUUUUUUACCUCCUUUAGACCACGACCCCAAAACCUCUCCUGCCCGACUCCACAUGCAUUUUAUUUUUACUCUCCCCUCCCCAAUCUGUAUAUAUUAUCAUUCUUUGUACUUGUCAGUAGCAAUGAUAAUUCCAGGAUGCUGUUCUCAGUCUUUACUGUGUUCCCACCGGAGCAGUGUGGGCGACUGGCUGGGGACGUGUUGCACAUUCCUUGAGCUCAGGACUUAUUGCUAGUGUCGUUUUGUGGAUGCUGUGAGGUACAGCUGGUCUCGUAUGUCUCCCCAGUAAAGCAGAGUACGUCGAACGUGGCCUGAAACUCUUUGCAAAGCUGGUGCAAACUGUGUGAGAAGAAGAAGAAUCAUUUCUCAGCAUCAGCCUGUCGGCCGUAUGUUUCAUUCAUUCUCUGUUAAUUUGACCAUGAUAUUGCUGUUUAAGUGACCACCUUAACCAUGUCUUUAGUUGUUAUCUCUUUAAACAUGUUUGUGUAUUAAACACCACUGUUUUCAGUUGGUAUGUGAAAUAGCUGCUGCUGGAAAAAGAAAUACCCCCACUUGGUUUGAAUCUUGCAUGGGACAUGACCUUAUUACAUGAUUUUUACACCACAUUAACCUGUAAUGGAUCCUCUGGUGACUGUACCAUAAACAAUAUGAAGACAAUACAGUAUUCAGCAACAAUGUGACGUGCUGCUAGCUUUGGGACCAGAUAGUUUGUAUGACAAAUCUGACUCAACUUCAAGCUGUAUAGUACGGUUAUAACUGUUCCGUAGCCUGUAUAACAGGGCACUAACGUUUAGCAGGACUUGAAGCUCUCAGACGCGCCGCUGUUUCCUGCUGUUAGUGCAACAGGCUACCAGAAACAACAGGACCAAAGUCAACCCUCCGAGCACCAGGUGUUCAAGCACACAACUGUUUCACACACCAAUCAGUUGACACAUCAACAUGUACUGUAUCUGUAUGAGAGGGGCCUGUGGGCGUGAGAUUGGAGUUUCCUGUUCCUCAGGCACUGACCUCGGGUCAUCCUUUUCUGAAAUGGAUUCAGAAAGGGAUGAAGUGAUCCCACGUCUGUGCCUGUCAAAAAGUACUACUUAUUUACCCAGAGUGUGACAGUAUGUAGCAUGUACAUAGACGAUCCCUCGAUCUGUAUAUACAAACGUGUACAGGUUUGAUACAGCUAUUCACACUCUGGCUUUUUUUUCCUCUUCCUGUUUCUUUCCUUUAAUGAAAGUCAUAGCAAUAUUUCUGUAAUCAAUAAAAAGCCAAGGUCAUAUGAUGAUGAUUAUGAUUGCAUUUGUGUUUAUUUAGAGAGGGAGAAAUGACUGUGAAUGAUGAAACUGUGAGACUAAACAGAAGACAGGUUUUUUUUUUUUUCUUGCUGUGUAACAUGCUGGAUCCAAAAGGCUGGAGUGAGUUGUUGCAAAGGAGUUUAACACACUGAUUAUUUUCAUUUCUUAUCAAUGAAAGCCAUAAAGGUCAUAAAUGGGUGGCAACGGUCUGCUUGUGUGCAAGGGGGUGUGGACCAUGUUUGAGCACAGACCUUUAAAAGCAAAGGGGAUGUGUACACCUAAUACAAAAAAUAAAUAUUAUGUAAUUA